CUGUGAAUAUGGUAACUCUGCUUAUACCUAUGUCGGCUAACAGAGAUAAAGAGGAGAAGAAGAAGAUAAUUUUGUAUAUUUCUAAUUUCUAAAUACCGAAAUCAACAAACUUUUGACCAAAUCAAUUGAGAACUGUUACCUUAUCGUACCAUCAGCAUCCAAGGAAAAAGAGCGAAUUGUAAUUGUCUUUUGGUUAAACAAAUCGUCACAUAGUUGCGUGGUCUUAAUUCAAUCAGAUCUCAUUGUGUCAUGGAUGAAAUUGAUAAUAUAAUUUUUCAUUCACUACGACAAAUUGGAUGCACUUUUGACGAAGAAAUCAAAAGUUUGGAUGAUAUGAGUCCUUCACAAUUGAUUCCUAUUGUGUCAAAAUGUAUUACAUCGAUAGACUCCAGUCUGGAUUUACCAAAAACAUUACCCUCAGGAAUGGCUCAACGAUUCACAACUACAGCUAGUUUAGCAGAAGCUUGCAGGCAAAUCGGUUACCGCAGAGAAAUUGGAUAUCAGACAUUUCUUUACUCUAAUGUAAUCGAAGUUCGUCGCGUAAUGAUGUUUUUGAUCGAACGACUACCUAAAAGUUCUUCUGACGAGUCCGAAGGAACAGGUCAACCUGUUGAUGAUACGACGGAGUUAGAAAAUAGAAUUACUGCCAAACUAAAAUACCAACUACGAGCACCUUGGAUACCGGAGUUUUGUCGAGUUGUAAAUCUAGAUUAUUUGCCCAAUACAACCAGCAAUGCGUUGCAAGCCCGAAUCGGGUUCCGACCAUUUCUUCCGAAAAAAAUCUAUAUUCCAUUAGUAUUGGAAGAUGAAGACAGUCUGGUGCCUUCGGUGAUAGCGACUAAUGAUGGAUCCAUCAAAUCUAAAUAUUCAACUGAUAAUGUGAAUCGCUACAAAGGGGAAGAUUUAUCAGCAAACGGAAAGUUGAUUCAAUAUUAUGGGUCUAUUGAGAAGUUAACUAAUCGAAAGACAAACAACAUUUCAUUCACUCCCCCAGUCAAAUCGGUACCAAUAAGUUUGAAGUCGGAGAUAAACCCUCUGGAAUCGUUGCAGUUGGAAAUAGAACAGACACAAACAGAAAUUGAGCGUCUCGUAAUACAGUGUGAUGAUCUAAAAGUCGGAUGUAAAUAUUUAGAUAAGACGGUAGAUGAUCAUUGGGCAACAGUAGCUAAGCUGAAAAACGAAAAGAAGUUUAAAGAACGUACCCAAAUUUUACUCGAAGAUCCUGAUGUAAACGUUACAAAACUCGAAGGAAUUAUAGCGGCUGGUGGGGAGCGAAUGCAAAAAUUGCAAGAUCAAUGGAAAGCGCAUCGAGCGCCGCUACUGGCAACGAUGGACUCACAUAUAGCAAUAAAUUCGAAUAAAAAGUCAAAAGUUCAACCACUUUUACAGCAAAUAGAUGUCACUCACCAAAAGUGCGAGCAGCUAGUUAGCGACUUGCAAACCAAAUGUGCAAUGCAUCUUCGUCUUCAAAAAGAGUUAGAGAAACUUGAUAAGACGGUUAAUCGAACAGCAUAUACAAACCGAAUACUGGAGAUCAUUGGCAAUAUCCGCAAGCAGAAGACUGACAUUGAUAAGAUCUUACAUGAUACGCGCUUGUUGCAGAAAGACCUCAACAUUAUAACGGGGCAACUCGAUCGCCAGUUCACCGUGACAGAUGAUCUUAUUUUUCGGAAUGCAAAGAAAGAUGAACAUUCGAAACGGGCGUACAAACUAUUGGUUACGUUGCACUCGGAUUGUGCGGAGUUAAUAGGACUGGUACAAGAAACUGGUUCGGUUAAGCGAGAAAUACGUGAUCUAGAAGAUCAAAUUGAAAAUGAAAAGACAAGGAAUACAGUGACGAACCUAGCUCAGAUAACAAACGAUGUAAUUGAAAUGAAAAACGAGAGUGAACGAUUGGAGGUAAGCAUACGAAGACUAGAAGAAGCCUCCAGUCUGCAACCAAAAUGAUUAAAUUUAAUUGUAUUGAGAUGAUUUUAAGUUUUUGCACAAAACGAAGAUGGUACGAGAUACUCACCAAACACUAAAGUGCCCAAUAAAACGGGUUUUGUUUAUUUUUUAA